CCGAUAACGAAGAUUCAUCAAAAGAAAUAACAGACAUAAACCUCCUUCUGCGGCAGCAGGAUAACACUCUCCUUUCACCAUUGUCUUCAUCUCUCUCACCUAUUCUUCUUCUUCUUCUUCUUCUUCUUCAUUUUUCUUUCAGUUUCAUCCAUGUCCAUGUCUAUGCCCAUUUCCACACUUUCCUCUUCAACCUUCCCAAACUCUAAUCCCUUUCUCACUUUAUCUUCUCAAAAGUUCCCUCUCUUCCCCAAACCCCUUCUUCUUCUUCUUCCCUUUCCCCACCCCCUCUCCCUCCGAACGCCCACCUUCCUCUCUCCGCUUCUCUGCAAGUCUCCUGAGGCCGAAGCGGAGGCGCCGCCGCCGGAGGACCACUGGCUGCAGAAGCUACCGGAGAAGUCCAAGCCGCUCUACUCCCACAGCCUGCCCUGCAUUGAGGCCUGGCUCCGAAGCCUGGGCUUCUGCCAGAGCAAGGAAGACAGGGCCCUCUGGCUGGUUCACAAGCCCGAUUGGCACGCCCACCUCUCCCUUGAUGUCACUGAUCUCUACAUAAGGUAUUUGAAGAGUGGACCAGGGAAUCUUGAAAAAGAUGUAGAGAGGAGGUUUAGUUAUGCUUUAAGCAGAGAAGACAUUGAGAAUGCUGUACUUGGAGGACCAUAGUCGUUGUUCUUUCUGUCCGUCAAAUAUACAAAAAUGGCUUGAUUAUGUGUUGAAUCGUUAACUUUCAUGUCAGCAUGGCCUAUUUUAAAGGAAGCACUAAAGAAAAUGUUACCCUAUGUUUCCUCUUUAUAACAUAGAUACAUUUUUUGUGGUCUGACAAUACACUGUAAUAUUAAUAUAUUUUUUUGUUGAAAGAUGAGUUA